AUGUUCCGCCUCCUGGCCCUCGCAGCGACCACAUCUGCCAUUUCCAUCGCUGAAAUCAACGGACCCAAGUUCCUCUCCCCUUUCAAUGGCCAGAGUGUUGCCAACAUCUCCGGCAUUGUAACUGCCAAAGGCCCCGAUGGCCUCUGGCUACGAAGCACGUCUCCCGAUCGCGACGAACGCACGUCCGAGUCGGUCUAUGUUUUCGGCCGCACGUUCGGUGCAAACUUGACAGUGGGCGACAGUAUUAUCAUCGGUGGCCGCGUUACCGAAUUCCGGACUAACAAGGACUACUUGUACCUGACUGAAAUUGACCGACCAACACUCACGCGUAAGGUCAGCAGUGGAAACAAAGUUGCGGCUCUUGUUAUUGGCGAAGACACGCGCGAUCCACCUACACAGGAAUAUAGCAGUCUCGAUGGCGGCGAUGUCUUCGCGGUGCCCAACAACAAGACACUUGUUAGUGUCGCAAACCCGGCUCUUGAGCCACGCAAGUAUGGCCUGGAUUUCUGGGAGAGCUUGAGCGGCGAACUCGUCACAGUAAAGAAGCCUGUUGCGCUGACAAAGCCGUCCCAAUUCGGCGACACUUGGAUUGCUGGAAACUGGAAACUCACCGGCAAGAAUAACCGCAAUGGGCUCACCAUGACGGACAGGGACGCGAACCCUGAAGCCAUCAUCAUCGGCACACCUCUGGAUGGUACGAAGAAUCCGACUAUCACCAAGAUGGGAGAUGAAAUUGAAGAGAUUACCGGCGUUGUCACGUAUGCUUUUGGUUUCUAUCGCAUACUACCAAGCACGGCCAUUAAGAUUCUCAAAUCGCAAAAGCCUGCUUUGCCCAAACCUACUAAGCUCGAAUCAAAGGGCAGGUGCGAAGGCAUCACAAUUGGGGCGUACAACGUUGAAAAUUUAGCGGCAAACUCGUCACAUCAUCCGCUACUGGCGGGUCACAUUGUCGACUACCUGAGAUCGCCUGACAUCAUCUUCAUUCAGGAGGUGCAGGAUGACAACGGUCCUACAAACGACGCAGUUGUAUCGGCGAACCUGACUCUCAGCACACUCUCGGCUGCCAUCCGCGCUGCAGGCGGACCGCAAUACUCGUUUACCGAUGUUGUCCCCGUUGACGACCAAGACGGUGGUCAACCCGGCGGAAACAUCCGCACGGCAUACUUGUACAAACCUUCGCUCAUCCGACUGUAUAAGCCCAACCCAGGCGGAUCUCUAGACGCAAAUGAAGUUCUGGAUGGCCCCACCUUGAAGUACAAUCCGGGCCGCAUCGAUCCUGCCAACGAAGCGUGGACUGCGAGUCGCAAGCCCCUCGUUGCGCAGUGGGAGGUCAUAAGCAGCAAGAGCUCUAACAGAAAGGAAGACACAUUCUUCACAGUAAAUGUACAUUUCGGAUCCAAGGGUGGUAGCAGUAGUCUCCAUGGCGACGCGCGACCACCUGUAAAUGGAGGCGUACAGGACCGCAUCGACCAAAGCGUGAUCACGGCUAAUUUCGUUAAGAACAUACUAUCCAAGGACAAAAACGCACGUGUCAUUACGGCUGGCGACUUUAACGAGUUUACGUUUGUCGAGCCUCUGAAGCAGUAUGUUCAGAUCUCAGGGCUUCGGGACGCAGAUGCCGCAGAUAAGAUUGACGAGCUCGAGCGCUACACAUAUUUAUUCGAUAUGAAUGCGCAACAGCUUGAUCACAUGUUUGUGUCAGACUCGGUUGCGAAGAAGAUCAAAUACGAGCACGUUCAUGUCAAUACGUGGCCGGAGUUUGCUGCGCAGGUAUCGGAUCAUGAUCCUUCGGUAGCUCGGGUGGAUGUGUGCGCAUAG